AUGGCAUCACUCCGUUACGCAGCCGUACCGAUAGCGCGACGAUGCGUGUCAAGGGGCUUUUCGCGUGCAUUGCGAGUUCCUGCGAGCCACGGCAUUCGGUGUCUGUCCACGAGCCCAUCACUGCGUAAUGCCUCGCCCUCCGCAGCCCAAACGCACAUCUUCCGCGAUGUCGCGCCUUUACGAGACUACCGCCGACAUCUCCGCUCCGACAAUCGUACAGUUGGCCUUGUCCCAACCAUGGGUGCCCUGCACGAGGGCCAUGUCUCGCUCAUGCGUCACGCAGCCGCUGAGAAUACCGAUGUCUUCGUUACCAUCUACGUGAAUCCUACACAAUUCGGACUGAAUGAGGAUCUCGCGUCCUACCCGAAGACCUGGGAGGCGGACAUGCAAGUGUUGGAAGACUUGAACCAGGAACUGGCGACUGCAAACCAGGGACGCGUGACAGCUGUCUUCGCACCAACCACAAAGACCAUGUACCCUACACUGCCACCCGACAGCAGCAUACCAGGUGUAGGGAGCUUCAUUGAGAUGCGUCCACUUGGCCAGCUAUUAGAGGGCGCGUCAAGACCUGUUUUCUUCCGCGGCGUAGCAACUGUAUGCAUGAAGCUCUUCAACAUCUGCGCCCCAGAUCGCGUCUACUUUGGGCAGAAAGAUGUCCAGCAAACCCGCGUUAUCAAGCGACUGAUUCAAGACUUUCACUUGGACACGAGCCUGCGCAUCAUCCCGACGUCCAGGGAAUCAGACGGACUUGCACUAUCUUCACGCAAUGUCUAUCUCGGCGCACGACGUCGCAGUGUUGGCAUCGUUCUCAACCAAGCGCUUCGCAAAGCAGAGCUACAGUACAAGAAUGGUAUGAGGCUGCGGAACGACGUCCUCUGGCCUGCAUUCGACCACGGCAAUAUGACACUGCUUGAGCAAGAGCACAUGGAACCUAGCAAACGCGCCAAGUUUGAGGUUGACUAUAUUAGUCUUGCAGACCCUGACACCAUGGAGGAGAUUGAUCAGAUUGACGAUUCGAGAGGCGCCAUUCUCAGUGGUGCGGUAAAAAUGCUCCCGGUCGAAGAUCCGCAAGACGGUGAGGAUUUAGGUCAGUUGGAUGCUGAAGGUCGCCAGGUACCUGUGCGCUUGAUCGACAAUCUGAUUCUAAAUCCAAUGAGAUAG